AUGUCUAGAGCAAUAUCGUCCACCAGAGUGUUGAUCGACUCGGAGGUGAUUCCUGCAACAAUCAUUUAUUCUACAAAGACAGGCAAGAUUCUACACGUGGAAAAAAGUAUACUUCCUCCGGGUGAUCCCAUACUUCGCAAAUAUGACGUUUUACUCAUUGACUAUCGUAAUGUCACUCCUGCAGUGGUAAUGCCCGGAUUAAUUGAUGCUCAUGUACAUUUGAACGAACCAGGAAGAACAGAAUGGGAGGGUUUUGCCACGGGAACUAGGGCAGCUGCAUCGGGAGGUGUUACUACAGUGAUUGAUAUGCCGUUGAAUGCGAUUCCACCCACCACCACAGUUGCCAAUUUCAACCUCAAGAUUAACGCUGCAAGAAACCAGUGCUGGGUCGAUGUUGGAUUUUGGGGUGGACUUAUCCCAACAAAUCUUGCUGAUUUGAUCCCAUUAAUUAGAAUGGGCGUGAGAGGGUUCAAGGCGUUUAUGAUUGAAAGUGGUGUUGAAGAGUUUCCAGCAAUAACACCAAAGAUUAUUCUUGAAGCAAUGAAGAUUGUUAAGCACGAAAAGACAUUAUUGAUGUUUCACGCUGAGAUGCAACCAGUAGAGAAACGUAUCGAGUUUGAAUUUUCCGAUACCGAUGACGAGUAUUCCAAAAACAAUAAUAGUUUAGAAGAUAUUGACGAAGUACCAACACCCUUGGAGAACGAUGGCGAUUUGGAGGUAGACACGAGUUUCAACUUGGGAAUGUCUGCAUCAUUUAUUAAUAGGGCACCUGUUCAAGUUAUCAACCUCUUACGAAAAGACCACGGUGACCAUAAACACGAACAUGAAAAUUGCAAGUUUCCUCAUAGACAUGCAGGCUCAAUAGAUCAUCAUGUCCUUUCUGACGAACAGGCCAAGGCAUUGGCACGUACCCCUAUUCUUGCCAGUUCUGAGCCCACAUUUGGUAAACAUGCCUUAAAAGUGAGUCAAGCAAGUCACGAACUCAUCAAGUCACCACCAUAUCGUCUCCAUCCCGAGCAAACCACAAACAAGUCGACUCCGUUGCUUUUGGCAGCUGAGGAAGAACCUGAUUUGGUUAAUAUUGAUGCUACUUCGUAUGCUUCAUUCCUUGCGUCCAGACCAGACAAUUUUGAAACUACUGCUAUUGCUGAAAUCAUAAAUUGCUCAACGCUUAUCCCCAGUGUACCACUUCACAUUGUUCACUUGGCUACACACGAAGCAGUGCCCCUUCUCCGAGCAGCUAAGGCCAAGGGACUACCAAUUACUGCAGAGACUUGUUUUCACUACUUGUCACUUUGUGCAGAAAAGAUCAGCAACUGCAGCACCCAUUUCAAGUGCUUCCCACCAAUUCGUACAGAUGACAAUAGAAAGUUACUAUGGAAGGCACUUCGAAACGAUAUUAUUACCACCGUGGUGAGUGACCAUUCACCAUGCACACCCGAUUUGAAGGGAAUGGAAAAGGGUGAUUUCUUUGAAGCUUGGGGUGGUAUAUCCAGUGUUGGAUUUGGAUUACCUAUUUUGUAUACCGAAGGAAUGAAAUUGCAGCCACCAAUUACUCUUGCUGAAAUAAAUAAGUGGUGCUCUAUAAACACAGCAAAACAAGUGGGAGUAGAUCAUUUCAAAGGAAAAUUGGAAAUUGGAUACGAUGCAGAUAUCUGUGUAUUUGACACUGAGGCUACUUUUAAAGUUGAAAAUAAUGAAACUUUUUUCAAAAACAAGUUGACUGCAUACGAUGGAAUGGAAUUACGGGGACGUGUUUUAGAGACAAUUGUGAGAGGAAGUACAGUGUUUGCCUUAGGAAAGGGCCAUUCACCAAACCCAUUGGGUGAAUUGAUUUUGGAUCCCAGGAGGUAA